AUGGACUUGUUUGACAGCCCUGAGUUCGGUGAUGGAUUUAAGUCCCUCCAAAAUCUAACCGUAUUAAAAUUUAGGAGGUGUUACUUGAGAUUCGGCAAAAUAUCAAAUGAAACUUUCAGAAAUUUUCCUACGAAACUAAGAGAGUUAUAUAUUACUCGUUGUCAUCAUUUCUUUCACAUAGACAAAGGAAUGCUUCAGUAUUUUCCUGAAUUGAAAAUUUUGGACCUGUCUCGUUCAUAUAUUCAUCUGUACCAGGCACUGAAUAUAUUUUAUCCUUAUCAAAACAAAAACAUGUCUGUUAUCAAUUUUCACCAUAUAAGCGACAAAAGUAUAAAUAAUGACAAAUUUCCGUAUUCUGUAAUAAUUACAAAAGAACUAAUGAGAUAUUUAAGCUCUAUUUGCAUUGAGGCUUUAGAUUUGUCAGCAACAGGCAUCGUAGAUAAUGAGUUUUAUUCAUUGUUUUCAUUCCAAUACCCUGAGUGCUUCAAAACAUUUAUCAUAUCUGCGAACAGAUUGCCGUCUACGACUUUAGAACACUAUAUGCAAACAGUUGUUUUCUUAACAAAAGCUACGAAUAUUAAAACCUAUGAUAUGUCUUAUCUUCCUGGACAAAUUGUUAAACCCUUAUAUCUUGAUGUAUAUCAUCCCGAAAAGAUCCUUGAAAAUCAAGAAAAACAACACAAUUUUCCGAAGUCUUUUCAUGUAAAUAUAAACUUACCGCCCUCACUGGAAUUUGUCCGCUUUACUCAUAUAACGAUAGUGUCUGCUUCUGUAUCAUUGACAUGCAAAAAUGCAUCGCUAAAAUAUUUUGAUGUUUCAUAUAGUGUUUUUGAACAGUAUUCAAAUGUGUCACAUGAAUGUGGAAAAGAACUUAGAUAUUUAGAUGUUUCCGGGUUAUCUUCAACAAUGAUGUUCCAGUCCGUGUCCCUACCGAAACUCACUACAUUGAAAAUGACUCAUGCCAGCAUUGACAGAAGUAUAAUUUAA